UCUCAAAUUCCGCCAUCUUCCCCGCUUCCCCUUUAUAUACUUCAAAAUUCCCUUCCCAUUUUUCUCACCACUAAAUCCCAAAUUCCCCAAAUCUUCUUCCCGCUCUUACAAACCACGGCCAUGGUCGGCGUUUUCCGGCGAUCCUUCUCUUUUCCGAACAAGACUCCGGCCAAACCCUCCCUCUCCCAUCACGUCCGUUCCAUCAGUCUUCCCUGCAGAUCUCACCCCUUGAUUUUCCAACUCAAGGACGAGAUCGCCAAUCUCAAUUCCUGGUCCCUCAAUUCCGAUCCCCGUACCGCCGCCUGGAUCUGCGACGGCUUGAGCCGUCUCAAAACCGUCCACAACCAUCUCGACGACAUUCUCAACCUCCCUCAGACUCAAGAAUCUCUCCGCCGCCACCACCACUGGAUCGAUAAGCUUCUCGAACAUUUCUUACGCUUCGUUGACGUUUAUGGAAUCUUCCAGACUUUGAUUCUCACGCUCAAAGAGGAGCAUUCCGCCGCGCAGGUCGCGAUGCGGAGAAGAGACCAAGAGAAAAUCGCGUUAUAUGUUAAAUCUAGGAAAAGGUUAGCUAGGCAAAUGGCGAAACUGGUUUCAACCGUACAGAAGAAACCCAAAAUCACCGUACAAGGCCAAGGCGGCGUCACACCCGAUCUUGCCGCCGUGAUCGAAGAAGUCAUCAGAGUAACGAUGACGGUUUCUCUCGCCGUGUUCAACGGAAUCGCAGAAUCGUUCGGGACUAGAAAGGUAUGGACAUGGACAGGAUUGGACCGCGUCUCUAAGAAGAUGAAAAAAUCGGCGGAAGAGGAGAAGGGGAUCAAAGAGUUCAGAGAAAUUGGAUCGGAGAAUUUGAGAGAAUUGAAGAAGAAAGGGAAAGAGGAGACGAGAAUCGAGAUGAAGAAGAUGCGAGAUUUGGAGGAUUGGAUUACCGACAUUGAAAGUGAAAGCCAGAGGGUUUUCAGAAGUUUGAUCAGUGCCAGAGUUUCAUUGCUAAACGCUCUGUCGCAGCAGCAAGAACUGCAAAAAUAGUCGCAAAAUUUUUUUUACACGAAAUUACCAUACUGAUUAAUUAAAUAUAUGUACAUGAUUUAGAGAUUUUGGUCCCUUUUGUCAAGAAGAAAAGGGGAUGAAAAGAAAUUUGUGGUGAAAAUUAAAAAAAAAAAAAAAUCUAAUUUAGAGAAAAAAAAAAUACUAUUAAUUAUAAGGUGUUGUGCUGUACAGAUGAGCUGGUUUUUAUGAUAUAUUGAAAAUAGAAUCUUUGGAGUGUGUAGACAGUUGAGAGCUAUGACCAUCCCAUUGUUGGAUGAAUGUGAUGAUUUGUUUAAAUCAAACAAAAUAAAUAAAUAUGUGUAUUUGA